AUGGCCAGCAGGGCGCGAGAUUUAGCCGACCGCGGCAUGGCCAGCAGGGCGCGAGAUUUAGGUGACCGACCGCGGCAAGCAACCAGCAAGGACGACCGGACGGAGACGAAUACGACGGAGAUGAAUGCGACGAAAACGACCCCAGUACCCUCAAAACUUCCUACUUCCUGCGAUACCGGCUGUCCAAUGGCUUUCCGCACUCUUGCCCCGACCGGUUCGCUCGGUUCCAGCUUCUCGCGCGGCGCAUCCUCUCCACUAAUGGGCUUAACCGCUCGCCCGUCAACAUCCUCGUCUGGCGCGCUCUCUGCCGCGAACCGCGGCAAGACGCUCCUCCCCCGCCUGUGCCGCGCGGUCUCGUACGUCGACUCGGCAUUUGACGUGGACCCCCUGCUCCUCAUCCCGCGGACGCUGCGCCACCUUGACGUGCAGCACUGGGAUGAGGUGUACGGCUCGAAGCACGGAUCAUCGACGAAGAUGAAGUGCAAGUACAAGCGAAUCCUGACGCCCUUAACGAGCAGGACCACGACGAGCAACAGCCCACCAGGCAUCCCAUGCGGCAUGCAAGGGCCUGCCGAGCAACAACACGGCAUGUCGCAGCCCGACGCGCAUAGGCCCGUCAAGGACGAGCGUGCCGCACCCCAGCUCGAGAAAGGCCGCCGAAUACAAACACAAUGA